UGUUUAUAUUUGUCAUCUGAGAUUUCUGCUGACUAUUGAUAUUUAAAUACAUUUCGGCUUGUAUCAGCCUUUCUCUCGAUAUGUACUGUAUCAUGAGGUGUGACAUUCGUCUAGAAAUCAAUGAUAUUUAAUGGCUGAUUCCAUCAUAUCCGUUAUUUUUAUGUGACGAUAAGUAAUGAACUUAUUAAUAUGAAAUGAAUGACAAGCUUUAUUAAACGAUGUCGAAGGAAAGAAAAAUUUUUAUCAUGCAUAUUAUGGUUACAUUCGUAACGUUUUUGAUACCGUAACAGCUGUGAAAGUUAUUUGAUCAUUCGAGACAAGGAUUUCUUUAUUUUCGUUAGCUAAUUGAAAGCUUCAGCAACUUACAGUGUCAAGACGAACACAGUGUGUAUAAUAGGAUGAAUCAACAAAUUCAUAACUCAGCAGAAUAUAAACCACCCAUACCUAAAGGUCGAAAAUCUUAUCAAACUAAAAAACCCGAAGAAAAAAAUUUUUCAUAUAUGUAUAAUUCCUCCAAAUCUAUGGAUAACAAAUUUAGAAAAGAAACAUCAAAUUUAUCUGAAAAUGAUAUAUUACUUAAAGAUGAUAGCAUUAAUGAUAAACAAAUAAAAGAAAGUUUUGAUGAACAUAUUAAGGAGAAUAAGGAGGAAUUCGCUUUUCAAAAUGAUACUUCUUCUGAGGAAUUCAAACAUGAAAACAGCCCUCAUCUAUCUAUAAAUAAACAAGAUACAAAGACAAGUGAAAAGAUAUAUAAACAAGAUACAAAGACAAGUGAAAAGAUAAAUAAACAAGAUACAAAGAUAAAUAAUAAAAUUUGUUCAAAUUUUUUCAUGUUAAUACUAGUAAUAAGUUUUGUUCUCUGUGCUAUGAUAUGGUCAAAUUUCAACAAUAAAACUAAUGCAGCCCAUUCUAUCUCACAAUUUAAAUCCAUUGAAGAAAUUAAAGCAAAAUUUUAUAAUCAAGAAUCAGAUAUUUGGAAUGAUAUUUCAUCUGCAAUAAAUGAAAUAGAAUCAAGAAAUCCUAAGAUACCUCAAAUUAUUUUAUUAUUUGCAAAUGAAACAACCACAAUGAAUUGUUUAGCUACAGCCUUGGCAGAUGUAAGCAGCAUUGUUUUAGGUAUAAACGAUCCCUUACAUUUAAAUCCAGAAAAUUUUGGAAAUGAUGCUGGCGAGAUCAUUGAAAAACUAAAACAAUAUUCUGAAGUAAAAAAAAUUGUGAGAAUUAGCAACAUAUUGAAUAUCAAUGCAGAGGCGAUACAAGCCUUACAUAAUUUGUGUGAUAAAGAAAACCCUUUAAUUAAGGAAGUUCUUUACAUUUUUACUAUGCAAACUAACAAUAAUCAAUCAUCACAACAGAAACUGAAGUUUGUAGAAGAUCAGUUUUACCAUAAAUUGUCAAAAAAUAUUGAUCGAGAUACUUUAGGAGCACUUGUAACGCGGAUUACAGAUGCUGCAAUUAUAUCGGUACAACCCGAGCCACACUUAAGAUAUUGUAACUUAAGCUAAGUUGUAAAAAUAUUCUAAAGGCACUUAGUAAUAAUAUAAUUCUGCAAUUAAUAAGAUUACAUAUAGCAACAAUGUUUAAUAAAAUAUGAAUUGAUAUUUAUUUAAAAGAUAUAUAAUAUAUUUAAUAUGUUGCAACAUAAGGCUCCUAAAUUGUUAUUACAGCUAUGUUAGAUUAAGAUUAUCAGAAUGGAGAAAUUCAAGAAUUUUCUUAAAUUUCUUUUUUCUGAAUCGUAAAAAAUGAGUUUUUUUGGCACGUCAUCAUUUAUAUUUUUAUCACUUUUUUUUAUUGAUUAAAUUCUAUAACUUAUUCCGCACAAGAAUUAUUUAUUUUUUUUCUUUAAUAUCUUAAAAUAACUACAAUAUCGAAUUGGGAGCCUUAAUGUUUUUUGCAUCUGUAAGAAACUACAUGAUGGCUGGCAGUCAUGAUCAAGUUUCUCUCUGAUUGUAAAUUAAAGAAAUAUAAAAUUUA